CUACAACAUUAUCCUCGUCCCGAUCGUGAAUUUAAAAUAUGUAUCAACAACGCGAAAGUUUAAAAAUUAACUAUGUAGGCUAUAUAAGUAAUUAAAAUAAAUUUGUAGCUACUAACCUUAUUUUGUCUUUUAAUUAUCUUUAUCUAAGAUGAGCAUAGAGUUUUCGAUGGUCGUUUAUAAAAAAAUAAAUAAAAAAAAAUUGUACUAACAAAGUUAAAGGUCAAGUGAAACUAGACCAUUUCGAAUAAAUGCCAUAAUAAACGUGAAUUAUUUGUGUGUACAAAACGCGCAUCUUUUGACUUUCGCCAUUUAACGGAGACAGUUUAUUGUCCUAUGUACUUAGCUAACUGUUCAUUCGUUUACAUAGUUUAGUAAGGCGAAAUCCGCGGACGGUAUAACGCGCGUCUCACGCACUUUCUACACUUCCGAGAAAAAGUAUAAAAAUAAAAAAAUAAAACUGCUGCUUCGCGGUAACUAAUUUGAAUUUUGAAAACGGAAUUCCGUACAUUGUGUUAGUGAUGUGACACCUUAUUAGCAAUUUAUCGAUAAAGUGACUUUCUUUUUUUUUUUAGUUCGAAUUCAAUAUUGUGAUUCUGAAGACAAUUUAUACGAAGAUGUUCCAAUAUGAAUACGAGAAGCGACCGCCGUCGGCGACGUCGUGCGACAGCCGCGCGACCGUCACCACUGACUGGAGUCGCGUGUACCCGGCGGGGACGAGCCGCGCCAGCGGGACUGCUGCUAUGAGCAGUUCUGGCGCCCGCCGCCCGCUACCACCAAGACCGAUUGUUUGCGAGAGGAUACCUACAAAACCUACUGUGCCACUCAAAGUUUGGGUGAUCGCCAGCGCGUCCUGUUUCGCUGUCUGCGCCGCUCUGGUGCUGGCUACCUUGAUGAUCACUAAGUGGGGGGCAGGACCCUCAUACUCUGAGGAGAUGUACUCGGAACCGGAACAGAUUUUUUCCGAUACAAAACCAACAUACAGCCCACCUUUACCGUCACAAGUAACCACAACAGAAACCCAAACAAAGCAAGACACUAUACCACUAACAAAUAUACAGUCAACUCCUGAUACAAUAGAAAACGACUUACAUAUGUCUAUUCUUGAAAAGCUACCGAUAUUUAAAAACGUAGUUUCAAAUCGUGGAAAAAGUAACAAUCUAUCUACAAAACCACAAAUUCAUCCAUUACACGAAACAAUAGACCAUAUAGAGAGAAAAAUCGAAAAGAAAGACCAAGCCAAACUGCCGAACGAUUUUGAUAAUGAAGUGAAAGAAAUACCCGAGUUCAAACCAACGUUGCCUGACGUUAUCUUUGGCAAACAUAAAGAUAUUAUACUAUCCGAAGGAUUCUUAACUGGGUUUAGGAAGCACGAUACUGAAUACGAGGAGUACUACAAUGAUGAUAAUUUAUACGAUGAUUACAUGCAAAGCAACACGAUGACGAAUUAUUUAAUUGAGAAAGUACAAGAGUUACAUAAUUGGAUUACCACAGAUCCUGAUUUCGAAGCAAGGAAUUCUUCUAAAGUUGUGAAAGCUAGUAACCAAUUUGGAGAACUACUGAAGGCGUUAAACGAAAGUCUUGUUGAAGGGAAUGUCACUAUAAUAAUGAAUAAGCUAAGGAGUUUAUAUUUUGGAGAGGAUUACACGAGCUUUAAUAGAAGCAGAAGGAUUGUUUCCAGUAACAGUACGGAUUUACUGUCGUUUGGAAUAUUGUCGUUGGAUGUUAUGUUGUUACAUAAUAUACAAUUGAUGGCGUGGGAGAGUCAGGAGGCAGCCCGAAGUAAAAUGCUCAAGGACCCCGAUGUAUUUGCUUUCAACGCGCUAUUCCUUGACCCGACAAAAGUGGAGGCCAAACAAAAUGAAGUUAUGCAUCACAACGAGAACUCGGGAUUCGCAAAACGCCAGAAUUUACGGCAAGAAUUCGACGACUUCGACGUCGGUAAAAGUAUUUUGGAGAACUUUCUGGAGAUUGGCAUGAGCACGGCACGGGCUGCGAUACACUUGGGCAGGGCUUAUAAAAACACCAAAAACGUCAUAAACCACAUCGCGACAGGAGAACCAGUCAACCAGCCGUCCAACACCAACCACCUCUCCCGCAAUAUAGAGGGCAACACCGUCGCUCUCAAUCACCUGCAGUCGUUCAGCGGAGGCGGAGGAGUCGGGUAUACCGAGCUGGAUUGUGUUUGGUUGCUGUACUGCAGGAACUUGGUACUGACUGCCAAGUUGAACGCUCCGUACGGAACCAUGGCUAGGAUCAAUGGCAUGGCGCUACGAAUGCUGACUGGCGAGUUGCCAGCCGACCGGGCAUUGGACACGAUGCUGUACGAAGUAUUCUCAGGCUGGACUGAGCUUAACUGCAACAAUAUGUUCCCCAGAUGCAGCAGAGCUGAUGCGGCCACAGUUGUUCUAAAUACAAUUCUACAACCGCUCAGAAAGUCCCAUUCGUCUAAUAAAAUGCGAUAGCUGGCAAUAACUACUAUAAUAGUAGAUUUUUGUAUUAAAAUACGUGGUAUAAUUAGAUAUAUUUCAUGUCUAUAUACGUAUAUAACGGGAAAUUAAUGAAGCCACUGUGUUUUUGUCGAUUCCCACUUCAUCCGGAAGUCUUCUUCAGUUUGUGUUUGGCAUUUUACGAAAUGCUGCGAUGUACGGAAAACCACAGAGAAAUUAUUAAUUUUUCAUUAUAUAUGUAUUUUAGGUUAUAUAAAUAGAGCUUCGAGCCUCAAAAACGGGUCAACUUUUUGUCAGCUAAUUGUCAAAUUAGCUGACUCGUUUCUCUUAUCAGUGUUCUAUAUGUUUACGCAUACAAUGUAUCUUGACGUAUUAUUUAAUAAAUAAAACGAGUGUUUACGCAUUAAAAAGAUACAGAAAUUGUAUAUUCUACCGUGAAGCAGUUGUGUUUGCAUGGCUGUGUUUCGGUUUGAAGGGUGGGAUAUGGCGUGAAUUUACUGGGUACAGAGGAAUAACACCUGAGUCCUCAGGAAUGGCAACGCAUGGGGGGUAUCAUGGGCGAAACAGUAUACUCUGUUAUGUCCACGGUACUGUUCAUGUCUAUAGGCGACGGUUACCACUUUCCAUCAGGUGGGCCGUCAGCUUGUUUGCCAUUCUAAGUUGUAUAAAAAAAACUAUUUAUCACGCAAAAUUGUAUGAAAAAUUUGACCCGUUUUACUCGAAGCAUUUGUAUGGAGACACUCUAUCUAUAUACUUAAUCUAAGAUAUUUAUAUAGAUAUUGGAUAAAAAAUUAUCAUAAAUAUAUUUCAAGUAGGACUGCUGAAGAUUUGAGUGGAGGACGCCAAGACUCUAAUAUGGCAACGCAUGAGGGGUAUCAUGGGCGAAACAGUAUACUCUGUUAUGUCCAUGGUACUGCUCAUGUCUAUAGGCGACGGUUACCACUUUCCAUCAGGUGGACCGUCAGCUUGUUUGCCAUUCUAAGUUGUAUAAAAAAAAGCAGUGAAUAUUUCCUUCCUAAUACAUUUUAGUAAGGAAGUUGCAGAAAUAUAAAUAAACGUUAAAUUUAAAAAUUUUUAAGAUUCGACUGUUACAUUUAGAGGCUAAAUCAAAUUAGUGUUUAUUUUUAUAUAUUUAAGUUAAUGAUUAUAUUAUUUAUAAAUUAAUUGAUUACUCAGUUUUGUUUAUUAAUAAUUAUUAAAAAAAAAUAUUGUUAUGCAAAUCUUUUUUAAACGUUCGAAAUAGGUACAUCAGAGUUUUACAGAUAAAUUAUAGAUAUAAUUUAAAAAAAAUUGAAAAUUACAUUUUCUAUUAUAGAUAGAUAGAUAGAUACUCUUUAUUGUUUCCUCCAUAAGAUUACAAUAGUAAACUUAUUAUAGAUACAAACAAUUACAAGAAAUGAUCACAGUGAGAAAACAAUGGGUGACCUUAUCGCUAAGAGCGAUCUCUUGCAGGCAACCUUUGGAUGGGGAGGAGUAAUUAUAAACAAUUUGGUGGUAUUACCUAUUUACAUUAGGUAAAAUAUUAUAAACAAUACUGAGUAAUCGAUUAUAUACAUUUAUUUAAUUGCUCAAGUGUACUUACGUUAUUAGUUCGUGUAAUUUAUAGAUAUACUAGGUGACUAUGUAUUAUCAGUUACAGCGCCAUCUAUUAAAAGUAACCCGAAGUAAUGAUUCUCAUACAAAAUAACCUCUUUUUAAUUUUUAGAUUGUUUUAUACAUAAAACUAAAUAACUCGAUGUACUGUCAGCUACAAUGCCAUCUGUUGAAAAUAAUUCGAAGUAGCGAGUCCCAUACAAAGUUACUUAUUUUUAAUUUUUCAGAUUUUUUUUUUAUAGAUAUACUAAAUAACUUGAUGUACUGUCAGCUACGAUGCCAUGAUUGAUUCAUUGGUGAAUUGGUCACAAUAGGCUGAUUGACCUGCUUCAUUCUCACUUAUCACCCCUCACUGGUGCCCCGCCAGCGUAUACCGAUAUCGCAUAUCGGGGAUAAGGAAAAUGGCAUUUGUUUUAUUGUUUUAAAAUGUUCAUUAUUUGUAGUUUUUUAAUUUAAACAACAAAAAAAGUAUGUUACUAGAGCUAUUUACUGUUAGAAAAAAAAAACAAAUUACGUUUUAAGAUAGACUGAUAGAGAUGAUGAGAAAUAAAAUUUUAUUAUUUGUUAAUACAAUUUGUUUUAUUUCCAUUUGAUUUAUUCACAAUUGGUACACACCAAGCGGAAACUAAAUUAAAACCUAUAAAUAUUUGAUAUCGACUCGUCACGUUUUAAAAUCGAGGAUGCUCGGCUAAUCUGUGUCGACAGCAACAUUGCGCAUUUAGCGCGCUAUUUGUCACCGCCUAAGAACAAGGAAUUACUCCUACAUAGAGGGAAUGAUAAAAUAAAAACUGUAAAUCAUACGAUUGCCUCCUUUCUUCUUAUGCAAAUAUAAUUAGUAAAAAGAGGACGAAAGAUACACCAUCAGUUGCUAUUUUUCUCAAUUCACAGCAGGAUAGUAUAUAGAAAAUGUUUGAUUAAGAAUUGAAAAGAGGAAAGAAAAGAAAGAUUUGGGUAGGUUAUUUUUGUUGAUGGGUGAAAAUGGUAUGGUAACCCCGCCUGCGCUAACGGGAUACGCUGGCGGAGCACCAGUGAAGGGUGAAAGAUGAGAAUGAAAACAGGCCAGUUAGACCAUCAUGAUGAAUUCAUCAGGAAGUAACUAUGAUAGUUCCCAGAACCGCGAGGAGGUCGACCUGGUUGGGUAUAUUGCUAGCAAUGGGAUUCUCAGUCUCCAUUACUAACAAUCCCUUUCCCCCCGGGUAGGUUAUAGUAGGUUAUAUUAGGUGUACACUUUAAUCAAAUUAAAUUAAUGUACUUUUUUAAACUGUAAUUUUAGUUAAUGGAUUAAACAGUGAA